GUGCCAGGCCAGCUCUUCCACUGAUGCCUUCUUGCUUCCAUGCUCCCUGGAGUGGGUGCAGCAGGCCUCCCCUAGAGGGAACCCGCAUCAGCAAUUUCAGCUCCUACCGUUGCUGUAGCUUCUUGUCCCACGUCUGCCAUGACUUACAGUGUGACCUUGGGCAAGUCAUCCCCUUUCCUCUGAGCCUCUAAAGUCCCUGGCAGCUGUCAGGAUGUCUGGGAGAACACAGUUCGGAUGACUGAUCCCACCUCCUCGGGAGAGCCCAACAGGACAACAUGCCUCCCAAGAAGCCUGAGCCUAAGAAGGAGAUGGCCAAGCCAGCCACAGCCCCGACCCCGUCUCCUGCCCUACCUCCUGAGCCCCUCAAGGAACCUGCCUUUGACCCCAAGAGCGUAAAGAUAGACUUCACUGCUGACCAGGUCGAAGAGUUCAAAGAGGCCUUUUCGUUGUUUGACCGGACCCCGACUGGAGAGCUGAAGAUCACCUAUGGGCAGUGUGGGGACGUGCUGCGAGCCCUGGGCCAGAACCCCACCAACGCUGAGGUGCUGCGUGUCCUGGGCAAGCCCAAGCCGGAAGAGAUGAAUUCCAAGAUGCUGGACUUUGAGACCUUCCUGCCCAUCCUGCAGCACAUCUCCCGAAACAAGGAGCAGGGCACCUACGAGGACUUCGUGGAGGGGCUGCGCGUGUUCGACAAGGAGAGCAACGGCACGGUCAUGGGCGCUGAGCUUCGCCACGUCCUUGCCACCCUGGGAGAGAAGAUGAGUGAGGCUGAAGUGGAACAGCUGUUAGCAGGUCAGGAGGAUGCCAAUGGCUGCAUCAAUUAUGAAGCCUUUGUCAAGCACAUCAUGUCUGGGUGAAGCAGAUCCCUCCAGGGUGCCUGGCCCGGGGCCUUAGCCCAGGUGAGUUACUGAGAGGCCCAGAGUGACUGAACUGGAGCUGGAGUCCUGGACUUUCCCCUGCAUGGCAGCCCUGGGGACUCCAAGGGCCCACAGUCCUUGCCAUAAAUAAACAGCUUCAGCAAGGCCAGGCUGAAGUCCCAACCAGCCUCAGUUGUUUAUUAAAGCCAAUUAAUUCGUUGAGUUGGGUUUUUGUGAGUGUGUGUGAUAAUGUCACCUGAGGCCUCUUGCAUAUUCCUCAGAAGAAUAAGCAGUAUCUUGGAGCUGGGGAACAUGGGCCAGGGCCCAGGGAGCUAGAAACAGGAGGGUCAGAUCGUGAGCAGAAAGUUUUGGAAGGGUCUGUAGUCUGAGGAGCUGUGAUCAGGAGGAGCUUCAUUUCCUUCCAAAGCUCACUCUCUACCUUAGGUCUGUCCAGGUGACAAGCAGAAAGAGGGCCACCAGGAGCCCUGGGAAUACCAAAGGAUCCUCAAAUGGUCCUUGCUCCUUCCUCUUCUUUAAAAAAAAUUGUGGUAAAACGCACAUAACAUAUGGGACUUCCCUAGUGGCUCAGAUGGUAAAGAAUCUGCCUGCAAUAGAGGAGACCCAGAUUCA